AUGCGCCCAUCUCUCCGUCGGUCGUGUGCUGCUUGUGCAAAAUCCAAGUCUAGCUGUGACUUAGGUACUCCAAAAUGCUCUCGCUGUGUCCGGCGCCGAAUCCAGUGCGCCUAUGCCAAUGAGCCAGCAACCUCGGCAACUCCGGGCCCGCCGGAUAGCGUGUCGUUAGAGCCCCUUGGGACAUACAGAGCUUUAUCUGACUAUAGGAUUGGGAGUUUUGACCCUUUUGACUCAUAUCCUCCGACAAGGCUUCCCAGGGAGCACGUCCAACGCCUUAUUCAUGGCUUUCUCAAUAAGAUUGCAUUCCAGUACUAUCCACUGGAUCUAAGCGCGACUUCAAAUCCGUUCCUCAUUUCAUGGUGGCCACUGGCGCUCGGUGACCCGGCAUUGUUUCACGUGUCUCUGCAGACUGCAUGUCUUGACGAAGAGCUUCUCGCCCAGAAGGGCUUUCAGUCGUCUGAGCUCCUUAUGGCAGACUCGGUUGCUCUUCUCCGGAGGAAAGUCAAUGAUGUGUCACUUGCCAUGCAGGAUGGAACCAUGAACUGUGUUAUUACACUGGCGACUAUUGAGUUUGGCAAGGGAAACGUCAAAGUUGGCCAGAUGCAUGUCGACGGGGUUAAGAAACUGGUCGAUUUGAGAGGUGGUAUCAACUCAGUCAGGCAGACCAGUCCACUUACAGCCAGAAUGGUUAGCUGGGUAUCCAUGCUUAUCAUGGGCCAUCCUCAGUUCGAGACACAGGAUGAUUUUGGAAUCGGCGAUGGAAUUCCACCGAUUCCGGAAUGGCGAUUAGAAUUGCCAGAGAAUUGCCAAGAUGCAUACAACAUCAAUGCUCUCGAGAUCGACCCUGGCGUUCAAAAUGUCUUCCUCCGUCUCCGCAACGUCAUUCAACGAGCGCAGCAGGUACCUUUCUCAACUACACAGCUACACGAUCUCACGUGCUUUAUUGUGCAUCGACUUUUACUCUCUUCAAAUGCCUCAGCGUCCCAAAUAUCGCCAAUCACAGAAUGCAUUCGUUGCGCAAUGGUUCUAUACAUGUUCAUCGUGCAGGGGCCCACCUAUUACUCGCACGCAGUCAUCUCCAACACAAUCGUCGUUCGACUCGCUGAGCAUUUCAGAUACCUUGCACCUCCCAAUCGUGUGCCCGACUCUCUGGAUGUAUGGCUUGUUUCUAUUGGAAUGGUUGCUUCGACAGGUACAGCAAGUCACCAGGACUUUUUGGAAAGAGCACGAAACAUUGCAGGUUUACUUCAACUGCAUAAUUCCGAAGAGACUCUAGCGCAUGUCAAGCAUGUUCUUUGGCUUGAAAACCAUCACAUCGAAGAUGUGUUUCGAAAUCACUGGAACACCGUGUUCAAUGCCACGGACCAAAGCCAGUCGCCAUAUCUUCUCACUUUCUGCGACGCAUCAGACCUGACAGCAGGCCCGAAGUUCAUUUGA